AUGAGACUCUUCGCUUUUGGAUCCAAUGGAUCAGGUCAGAUAGGAAUUGGUCACAUAGAAGAUGUUUCAGUACCGACUCCGUGUCUUUUUGAGACCGGCAUUGCAACCACAGAUACAACACAAGAAAAGGCAAACCUCACUGAUAUUCUCGACGAUGAUGUCGUUGACAUCGCAGCAGGGGGGAACCAUACCCUUCUUCUGACGAAACGAGGAGCCCUCUAUCUAGCUGGCUGUAACAUCGAUGGACGGUGCGGUCCACACUAUCAAUUUCAAGACACAGAGGGGAAUAUCUCGCAUUUCCGCCGUUUCGUUCUCAACGAUUCAAUCACCGGAGCUGAAAUUUCAACUUUCAAGCAUGUCUCUGCGACCUGGGAGGGGACUAUUGCCGUUGCUUCUGUCCCACAACCACUGUCCCAGUUAUCAGACACAAUCUCAGAACCACAGGACAGAGUCUACAUAGCAGGCCCCUCCCCCAAAGGGACUCUAACGCAUGAUACGACAAACUCAAUCCUGCCAGGGACAUCUAUACCCAAUUUUCCACCAAGGGGUACAACGAUUACCUCCAUUUCGAGUAGUAUGGCGCAUACAAUUGCCAUUCUCUCGAAUGGGGAUGUCUACGGGUGGGGUGGAUCGAGGAAAGGUCAACUGGGAGCUGGAAACCGAGCUACGAAGAUCGUGUGUCAGCCACGCAAGAUUGACGUGCCAUUUACUGUGAAAGGGGGUGUCUGUGGACGAGAGUUCUCGGUUGUUUGGGGGAGUGCUCGGGAGAUUUAUGUAUUUGCCGACUCGAGCAUGAAAUGGGGAGUCACGGGGCUGCCAAAGAUCCUGUCGGGACUUUCGAAUUCAGAUGGAGCCGAUGAUGCGUAUGGAGGUGUGAGGGGAUGUAUUCCUUUUACUUUUGCUGGUAUUGGGGCCAGUUGGCAUGGUGUUUAUAUACAUGUGGCUCCUGCAUCUGGUUUGAUUUCCGCAAAUGACACCGUCAUUCAACCAGACGCUGAUUCUGCUUCCCGGCUCCAUCCCAACUCUAUCAUAGCCUGGGGCCGCAAUGACCGUGGUCAACUCCCACCCCCAACGCUUCCGUCAACUACCCAGCUCGCUGUUGGAAGUGAACACGUCCUCGCGCUCCUGGAAAAUGGCCAGGUAGCAGCAUUCGGCUGGGGUGAACAUGGGAAUUGUGGACCGGAUAUAGAUCCACAGGGUAACGUGUCAGGGACAUACAAUAUUGUCCCAUUACCUGAUACAGUGAGCGCUGCUGGUGAACGGGUGAUUGGUGUUGGGGCUGGGUGUGCGACUAGCUUCAUGCUUGUGUCAUGA